UCGGUGAGCCCGUCCCGUCUGUGACUGCAAGCUCAGGAUUCCAAUCAAUGCAUUCCAGUAACCCUAAAGUGAGGAACUCUCCGUCGGGAAACACACAGAGUAGCCCCAAGUCAAAGCAGGAGGUGAUGGUCCGUCCCCCCACAGUGAUGUCCCCAUCUGGAAACCCCCAGCUGGAUUCCAAAUUCUCCAAUCAGGGUAAACAGGGGGGCUCAGCCAGCCAAUCCCAGCCCUCCCCCUGUGACUCCAAGAGCGGGGGCCACACCCCUAAAGCCCUCCCUGGCCCAGGUGGGAGCAUGGGGCUGAAGAAUGGGGCUGGAAAUGGUGCCAAGGGCAAGGGGAAAAGGGAGCGAAGUAUUUCCGCCGACUCCUUUGAGCAGAGAGACCCCGGGACUCCCAACGAUGACUCUGACCUGAAAGAAUGUAAUUCUGCUGACCACAUAAAGUCCCAGGAUUCCCAGCACACGCCACACUCGAUGACCCCAUCAAAUGCUACAGUCCCCAGGCCUGCCACGCCCCCACACGGCCAGACUGCUGCCCCUGAGCCCCCGCCUGCUCAGAAGACCCCCGCCAAAGUGGUUUAUGUGUUUUCUACUGAGAUGGCCAACAAGGCUGCAGAAGCUGUGUUGAAGGGCCAGGUUGAAACGAUUGUCUCUUUCCACAUCCAGAACAUCUCCAACAGCAAGGCUGAGAGAAGCACAGCCCCUCUGAACACACAGAUACCUGCCCUGCGGAACGACCCCAAGCCUCUCCCGCAGCCGCCCCCAGCUGCCGCCAGCCAGGACCAGAAUUCCGCCCAGAACACCAGGCUGCAACCCACUCCACCCAUUCCGGCACCAGCACCCAAGGCUGCCGCGCCCCCCCGGCCCCUGGACCAGGACAGUCCCGGGGUAGAAAGCAAGCUGAUCGCCUCCGUGGGCAGUCCUGCCAGCUCCACCCCGCUGCCCCCCGACGGUACAGGGCCCAACUCGACGCCCAACAACCGAGCGGUGACCCCUGUCUCCCAGGGGAGCAGCAGCUCUUCAGCAGAUCCCAAAGCCCCCCCGCCGCCACCGGUGCCCAGCGGAGAGCCCCCCACGCUGGGCGAAAACCCCGACGGGCUCUCCCAGGAGCAGUUGGAGCACCGGGAGCGCUCCCUGCAGACGCUGCGGGAUAUCCAGCGCAUGCUCUUCCCUGACGAGAAGGAGUUCACGGGAGGGCAAAGCGGGGGGCCCCAACAGAAUCCUGGGGUGUUAGAUGGACCGCAGAAAAAAACAGAAGGGCCGAUACAGGCCAUGAUGGCUCAAUCCCAAAGCCUCGGGAAGGGACCUGGGCCCCGGACAGACGUGGGAGCCCCGUUCGGCCCGCAAGGACACAGAGACGUGCCCUUCUCUCCAGACGAGAUGGUUCCGCCUUCCUUGAACUCCCAGCCUGGGCCCAUCGGCCCCGACCACCUGGACCACAUGACCCCGGAGCAGAUCGCCUGGCUGAAGCUGCAGCAGGAGUUCUAUGAGGAGAAGCGGAGGAAGCAGGAGCAGGUGGUCGUGCAGCAGUGCGCCCUCCAGGACAUGAUGGUGCAUCAGCACGGGCCCCGCGGCAUGGUCCGGGGGCCGCCCCCGCCCUACCAGAUGACCCCCAGUGAGGGCUGGGGGCCCGGGGGUGCAGAGCCGUUUGCCGAUGGGCUCAACAUGCCACACGCUUUGCCCCCGAGGGGCAUGGCUCCUCACCCCAACAUGCCGGGGAGCCAGAUGCGCCUCCCGGGAUUUGCGGGGAUGAUGAACUCUGACCUGGAGGGGCCGAACGUCCCCAACCCAGCGUCUAGACCAGGUCUUUCUGGAGUCAGUUGGCCAGACGAUGUGCCAAAAAUCCCAGAUGGCCGAAGCUUCCCACCUGGCCAGGGUGUGUUCAGCGGCCCCGGCCGAGGGGAGCGCUUCCCCAACCCCCAAGGGCUGUCUGAAGAGAUGUUCCAGCAGCAGCUGGCGGAGAAGCAGCUUGGGCUGCCCCCGGGGGUGAGCAUGGAAGGGAUCAGGCCCAGCCUGGAGAUGAACAGGAUGAUCCCAGGGGCCCAGCGGCACCUGGAGCCCGGGAAUAACCCCAUCUUCCCGCGGGUACCAGUGGAGGGCCCUCUGAGUCCUUCCAGGGGCGACUUUCCUAAAGGGAUGCCCCCCCAGAUGGGCCCUGGUCGGGAGCUUGAGUUUGGGAUGGUUCCCAGCGGGAUGAAGGGGGAGGUCGGCCUCAACGUCAACAUGGGGGCCAACUCUCAGAUGAUACCUCAGAAGAUGAGAGAGGCCGGGGCGGGCCCUGAGGACAUGAUGAAGCUGCGCCCGGGUGGCGCCGACCUGCUGCCCACCCAGCAGAAGAUGGUGCCCCUGCCGUUCGGAGAGCACCCUCAGCAGGAGUACAGCAUGGGCCCCCGGCCGUUCCUCCCCAUGUCUCAGGGCCCAGGCAGCGGCGGCGGCGGCGUGCGGAACCUCAGAGAGCCCUUGGGGCCCGACCAAAGGACUAACAGCCGGCUCAGUCAUAUGCCACCACUACCUCUCAACCCUUCCAGCAACCCCACCAGCCUCAACACAGCUCCUCCGGUGCAGCGGGGCCUGGGGCGCAAGCCCCUGGAUAUAUCCGUGGCCGGCAGCCAGGUGCACUCCCCAGGCAUCAACCCUCUGAAGUCUCCCACGAUGCGCCAGGUCCAGUCGCCCAUGCUGGGCUCGCCCUCGGGGAACCUCAAGUCCCCCCAGACUCCAUCGCAGCUGGCAGGCAUGCUGGCAGGCCCAGCUGCUGCUGCUUCCAUUAAGUCCCCUCCUGUUUUGGGGUCUGCUGCUGCUUCGCCUGUUCACCUCAAGUCUCCAUCACUUCCUGCCCCGUCACCUGGAUGGACCUCCUCUCCAAAACCUCCUCUCCAGAGUCCCGGGAUCCCUCCAAACCAUAAAGCACCCCUUCCCAUGGCCUCCCCAGCCAUGCUGGGGAGUGUGGAGUCAGGUGGCCCCCCGCCGCCUACCGCCAGCCAGUCUGCCUCUGUGAAUAUCCCCGGAAGUCUUCCCUCCAGUACGCCGUACACCAUGCCUCCAGAGCCGACCCUCUCCCAGAACCCGCUCUCUAUCAUGAUGUCUCGAAUGUCCAAGUUUGCGAUGCCCAGUUCCACCCCAUUGUACCACGAUGCCAUCAAGACUGUGGCCAGCUCCGAUGACGACUCCCCGCCAGCUCGUUCUCCCAACUUGCCAUCAAUGAAUAAUAUGCCAGGAAUGGGCAUUAAUACACAGAAUCCUCGAAUUUCAGGUCCAAACCCCGUGGUUCCGAUGCCAACCCUCAGCCCAAUGGGAAUGACCCAGCCUCUUUCACACUCCAAUCAGAUGCCCUCUCCAAAUGCCAUGGGACCCAACAUCCCUCCGCAUGGCGUCCCGAUGGGGCCUGGCUUGAUGUCACACAAUCCUCUCCUAGGGCACGGCUCCCAGGAGCCUCCGAUGGCACCUCAAGGACGGAUGGGCUUCCCCCAGGGCUUCCCUCCCGUACAGUCUCCUCCGCAGCAGGUUCCAUUUCCUCACAAUGGCCCCAGUGGGGGACAGGGCAACUUCCCAGGAGCCAUGGGUUUCCCAGGAGAAGGCCCGCUUGGCCGCCCCAGCAACCUGCCCCAAAGUUCAGCAGAUGCAGCACUUUGCAAGCCUGGAGGCCCCGGGGGUCCCGAAUCCUUUGCUGUCUUGGGGAACAGCAUGCCUUCGGUGUUUACAGACCCAGAUCUGCAGGAGGUCAUCCGACCUGGAGCCACCGGGAUUCCCGAGUUUGAUCUGUCUCGCAUCAUCCCGUCAGAGAAGCCUAGCCAGACACUGCAAUAUUUCCCUCGGGGGGAAGUCCCGGGCCGGAAACAGCCCCAGGGGCCUGGGCCUGGGUUUCCGCACAUGCAGGGGAUGAUGGGCGAACAGGCCCCCAGGAUGGGACUAGCACUGCCCGGCAUGGGAGGGCCAGGGUCAGUGGGCACUCCGGACAUACCUCUCGGUACAGCGCCAUCCAUGCCGGGUCACAAUCCAAUGAGACCACCAGCCUUUCUCCAGCAAGGCAUGAUGGGCCCUCACCAUCGGAUGAUGUCACCAGCACAGUCCGCAGUGCCCGGCCAGCCCGCCCUGAUGAGCAAUCCGGCCGCGGCCGUGGGCAUGAUCCCUGGCAAGGAUCGGGGGCCUGCGGGGCUCUACACCCACCCGGGCCCGGUGGGCUCCCCGGGCAUGAUGAUGUCCAUGCAGGGCAUGAUGGGCCCCCAACAGAACAUCAUGAUGCCCCCGCAGAUGAGGCCCCGGGGCCUGGCCACCGACGUGGGCAUGGGUGGGUUCAGCCAAGGGCCUGGCAACCCAGGAAACAUGAUGUUUUAAGCUGCUAAGAGUGGAUGUGCCGAUCAGCCUCGUCGCGAAGAGAUUCCAGGCCCCGCGAGCCGCCGGGAGGGCUCGGCGUGGUCACGCAAUAGGAGGACGGAGACCGAGGGCGGCUUCGGGGAAGGGGACUCGAGAAUGUAUGGAUUUACCUGAAAGCAGAUAUUCAUUUAAUCAACAGGUGUGUUUUUUUUAAGAUUUAUUUUUUAAAGAUUAUUUUUGUGGACUCGGGCACCCGCGAAGGCGCUCCCUGUAUGUUUACGUCCCGGACUGGCUUCUCCCAGGAUUCGGUUCUGGUUUCGUUCUUUGCUUUGGGCUUUAUUUUUGUGUGUACUGUACUAUAUUGUAAAAGGGAUUUUAGCAGAGACUUUAGUCUUUGGGACAAGAGGAGGACAGGAAUGCUGGGCUGUUUACUUUAGGUGGAGAAUCCAUCUUCAGACCUUUGGACUAUUUUCUUUCGACUCCAGUGUAUAGAAAAACCAAACUACGACCUCAGAGCAGAGUAUUAAUGAAAAGCACAAAAAAGGAACUAAGUUCAGCGAGGGGGUGGGGGGCGGGGGAUUUUUCUUUCUAAAAUGAUGACACUUAGGACGUUUGUUUUCAGUUCAGGCCUCCUCGGCGCCUGCUCCCAGCCCCACAGCCACCGCCACGUUUUCUCUCGUUUCCCUCCCCCCGCCCCUUGGUCACGCGUGUUUCUCCCCUGGUGUCCCACACUGGUGACCCCCCAACCCGAUUCCCCCCUCCUUUUCUUUUUGGCAGCUGCAAUACACGGUGUCACGUUGGGGAGCUGAGUCUGCGGGA